AUACAGAACAUUUGUGCCUCGUGCUUGGUUGGAAUGAUUCACCAGAUGACUCAAACUUAGACUAAAAAACAUGUGUCUGCACAUGUCCGGCAGUACCGCGACAUUACGGCAAUAGUACCAGCACCUGUGUAUUGUAGUUCUGAGCUCUUGAGUGCUGUAUACAGCUUCCACCAUUUUUAUCAUACAGAGCUAUUUUUUCAAAGAAUUAUGAUUUUGCAAGGACAAAUCUGCAGUCUGCAAACCAUGGCAAACAUGCUAGGAUGUUUGAAAGAGGUAGAGAAUGCUGCUCCAAUAGCAAACUAGACUGCUCCAUUGAGGAACAUGUUGUUGAGAUUUUUUACCCCUUUUAACAUGAUUUACCAUUAUAUUUGAUCAUUUUCUGUAAUAUUCAGUUUGGUAGAUCAGAACAAAUUUUAUUGAUUCUGUAGUCUCAUUAAACAAUUUCUAUCACACAAUGUUAGUUGGUUGCACCAAGUUGGAAGUUGUGACCUACCUGUACACCAAUAUCUCAUCAAAAUGUGGACAUAAUUUAUCAGCUCUUAGGGUUCAUCAUUUGUGAGCCCCAUGCUGUACAUGGAGAGUUCUGCACCUCCAUCCUUCUUUGCAGCCAAAUGGAUUGUCAUCAUCAUUUCAAUAUUGAUGGUGUCGGCCGUCUCCUGGCUGUACGUGCUGUACUACCAGCACAGUAGGCGACGCAGCUGGCUGGUCAGCGGGCUGGUGGCCGCCAGCCUCUCCGUCACGCUGCUGGUGCUCGUCAUCAUCCCCGUGGACGUGUACGCCAUCAGCAGCCUCAAGACCAAGGAGGGCCAGUUUGAGCCUUGGGCGAGCACGAACGCCUCCCGCGCGCGCGUCGAGGACACCAUCAUGAACGGCUACUACGUGCUCUACUCUUUGGUAUUCUUCGUGGUGUUCUUCCUGAUGCCCUUCGCGUACUUCUUCUAUCGGGAGCCGAGUGAUCAGGAGACCGGCGCGCCGGAACCGACGGCCAAGCAGCGCGCUCGCACUGCCGUCAAGUACUCGCUGGCGUUCGUGCUGAUGUUCACGCUGCUGGUGGGCCUGGGCCUGCUGGUGCCGUUUGCGCCGCCGCCGCCCACCAACUCCACCGAGUGGCAAAAGUUCCGCUUCAUGGUGCACGAGCUGGAGACGGAGGCCGGCGAGGAUGUGGUCUCGAUUCUGCUCUACUCGCUGAGCCUGGUGGGCAUGUGCGCCAUGAUCGGCUACACGGGCCUGGGCCUGUCGCUGUGGCCGAUCGGCCUGCUGCGUGGCCGCGAGAGCGCCCAGGAGCAGCGCGAGGAUGUGCGCCAGGAGCGCCGCCGCCUCCAGCUGCAGAUCAACUCGCUGCGAGACCAGGCCAACUACUCGACGUUCCCGUCGUGGCAGGCCGACCGUCUGGCCGGCCUCGAGCGCGAGGAGGCGGCGCUCGGCAGACGUGAGCUCGAACUGAAUGAGGCCGUCGCCGCCUGGCUGCACAGGUGCAGCAACUUCCUCCGGCCGUUCGAGCUGGUGCUGGGUGUCACGGUGGCUUCUGUCGGCGCUGUGACCUUCACCGCGCUGCUGCUCAGCAACAUCGACAAGGCUCUACACUCCCUGGGUAUGAAGUCGGGCUACAUCUUGCCGGAGCGACAGUUGCCCAACCCGAUGGACUGGUUGCUGCAGCAGACGGACCGCGUGUACCCGCUCGACUACAUCCUCUACUUGCUACUCAUCUUCACGCUGUUCGGCGCCACCGUCAGCUGCAUCCAGGACAUCGGCGUGCGCGCCUUCGCCGUCAAGCUGUACGCGGUGCGGCCCGGCCGGACCCGGCCGCACGGUCUCAUCCUGCUGGUGCUCAGCCUGGUGUACGUCCUGCUGGCGCUGAACGUCAUGCUGCUCUCCAUCGCGCCCCACUACACCAUGUACGGCGACCAGCACUACCGGCUGCUGAUCCCGCAGCCCGACAACACCGACACAGUCGAGGUGCUGUCCUGCUCCACGCGGGCGCCGGCCGGCGAGUGUGUGCUCAGCCGAAUGGCGCUGCUGCUGCUGCGCUUCUCUUACAAGGCCUGGAUAUUCGGUGCUGUCUUCUACUGGGCCACCUGGCUCUUCCUCGUGUCGGUGGUGGUCGGCUUCUUCUUGGCGCUGUGCCGCCGCCGGCCUCAGGAGGGCGCCCCUGCCCUCUGAGGAGGACCGCCUGCUGGACGCCGUCCGACGCCUGAGCGGGCAGCCGGCGGUGGUCGGCUGCGGGGCCGCCAGAGCCCGGCCGGCGCGCGCCGCCCCCAGGCGGCCAAGGGCGGCCGGUGAUGCACUGGACAGAUGGCUGCCGGGCGGGCAGCAGAGGAAGGACGCGGCGUUCUAGUCGGCCCAGGCAGCAGGCCGGGUCCGCCGGCAGCGGGCAGGAUCGGUCCGCCUCCCGGUCUGCCGCUUGUGCUGUGACCGGGCUACCCCAUAGGCUGUAAGGUAGUGGUGCGGCUUGUGCAUGUUGGCUAGCGUGAUUGGCGGCUUGUUUUGGAUGGAGAAUGCCAGUUGUUCUCUCGUCUUCAGCGGUAGCAUGUCGCACCCGGGGUAUGUCUGUAAGAUCUCGGAUUAAUGUUUAGUGUCUGGGUUUUCUUUUCUCCGAACGAAGGUAUUGCAGUUCCUUCUCUGUAUUCCCUCGCAAAAGAAACACAAUUCCGCCGUUGGAAAGACAUUCACAAAGCCUAUCGUGAAGUGUGAUGGUGCGCGUACAUUUCAUUUAUCGUCUAGUUAAUUCCGGCGUCGUCGCGCUUUCAGUUGACACUGCUGUAUGCUGCGGUAAUGAGUUUAGGUCAGACGGAACCCACGUCCCAUUGUACUGAGAAGGCGCUGCGCACUUCUUAGGUCGCGAGUGUUACCUUUAAUCACACCCUUCGGUGGCCUAAGACAAGGCAGGCAACAAGCCUUGAGCCUCCAUUUAGGCUGUUCAGAUUUUCUCGCAUCCUGGGUGACCGAACUGCUCUGCGACGGGCAUGGCGAGAAAUUGUUCCCUGGAUUUUGUACGAACCAAGUGAUAUGCCAAGGUUCACAGGACAGAUUGCAUGGAGUUGGCUGAUGUGAUCAAGGCAUGAGGUGGGUGAGCGUCGGUUGCCCAAAGAUGGGCAGUGACUGCCUGACCGCUAGCUUCACAAUGUACCAUGCAUGAAUGAGUGCUGUGUCAGCUCAUGGGCAGUGCAUCUGACCUGAGUUGCCACUCGACGAAACAGCGAAAUGUAUAUUGUGAGAAGUAGGUCGAUUAUUUAUUCGCAUUGUAAUUGAGCUGAGCGAUUGUCGUGGGUAUUGUGAAGGAAGCUUAGUUGUUCAGGGCUUGGUGUUUAUUCAGGAGUUGCUUUUGAGUUAUGUUAAACUAAUAUACUCGCUAAUCGCUGGCACA